ACCCUACCAUGAGCAGUAUAAAAGUAGCCUACAGUACUUGCCACAAGGUGGAGCUGUUUAUCCACAAGCCGAAGCACAUUUUUUGACCAGUAUAAUUGUCGACAAUCUCUAAAUCAUUACUCGAGUCUCGAUUUAAAUCGCAAACCUUUUUGAUUUGUUGGCUCAACUUUUGAGUUCACCCAUUCGAGCCGAGACACGAGUAGUUUGUGGUUUUCUCAGAACGGUGAUCAUAACUUGUCAACGGUAGUUUAUUUGACCUCGUAUAUCGAUCUUGCCCGAUCCUUUCAGGGUAUUUCGGAGACUCCAGUCGACAGCCCCAAUGUUAAGCCACAUGCAAUCACAGGUGUUUCCCAAAGUGAAACUCAAAACUAGCUGGGUAGUUCACGAGUCGCAUCCUACAGUCAGCAUCGUCCGAUCAGCGCCAAGAUGUGCGCUGCAACUUCUCUUGACCUGGCCACUGAAAAAGCCACUCGAACGACCCCAGCGCAGCCCUCUCUCUCACCGACUCACCGCUUCUUCUAAAAGCAGCGAGCGUGUUUCAGUGCAGCCUAUGCGUUCACACCAGAAGGGGGAGCCUUGUCCACUCAUACUUGACAACAUGAUCCCCAGAGACUCGCGGAAAAAGGGAAGAGUCCGCACCUUUCACCACCACAGGCAUCACAACCCCCUGAUCAGCUCAUCCAGAGAGAUGCUGCUGUCAGCCGACGGGGCUCUAAACACAGCAGACGUGGGAGCGAGGACGCGGUUCAGGGGGCAGCUGUAAACCACGACCGGCCACCGGUAUGAUAUUUAACAAAAACGGAGAUUGCAGAAUGGACCCGAGCAGUUCAGGGAGCCUCUCCUCACUCCUCUCCAAGCAGGAGAAGAAGACAGGUGGAAUAGUUGCAGUGGACAACGACCAGGGCCAGGCUGCCCCGCACUCCAAUGCCUCCACGAUGGACAGACACUUUCCCUCCGUGGGGUCCCCCUCAACACUGGGUCAGGGCUCCGAGGCUCCCGGGGUCACCGGAACACCCACCGAAAAGAAAGAGUCCAGAGUUUCCUUUUCUAACGCUUCCAGUAUAAAGGAGGUGACCAUGAUCCAUGAGAACACGUCCAACCAGCGCUCCAGAUGUUCUGUGCCCUUUCUGAAGGCAGAGGAUGGCUUUCAGAUCGCCCCGGACGAAGGGGACUCGGCGGACAACCAGACGUACAUGCAGCGACAGUUCAGCUCCAUGCUUCAGCCCGGGGUGAACAAGUUCUCUCUCCGGAUGUUUGGGAGCCAGAAGGCGGUGGAGAAGGAACAAGAGCGCGUGAAAUCGGCCGGUAAUUGGAUUAUCCACCCGUACAGUGACUUCAGGUUCUACUGGGACUUCACCAUGCUGCUGUUCAUGGUGGGCAACCUGAUCAUCAUCCCGGUGGGCAUCACCUUCUUCAAGGACGAGACCACCGCGCCCUGGAUCAUCUUCAACGUGGUGUCGGACACCUUCUUCCUCGUGGACCUGGUGCUCAACUUCCGCACGGGCAUCGUGUUCGAGGACAACACGGAGAUCAUCCUGGACCCCAAGAAGAUCAAGACCAAGUACCUGAAGACCUGGUUCCUGGUGGACUUUGUGUCCUCCAUCCCCGUGGAUUACAUCUUCCUCAUCGUGGAGAAGGGCAUCGACUCGGAGGUGUACAAGACGGCCCGGGCCCUCCGGAUCGUCCGCUUCACCAAGAUCCUCAGCCUGCUGCGCCUGCUGCGGCUCUCCCGGCUCAUCCGCUACAUCCACCAGUGGGAGGAGAUCUUCCACAUGACCUACGACCUGGCCAGCGCGGUGAUGCGGAUCUUCAACCUGAUCGGGAUGAUGCUGCUGCUGUGCCACUGGGACGGCUGCCUCCAGUUCCUGGUGCCCAUGCUGCAGGACUUCCCCUCUGACUGCUGGGUGUCCCUCAACAAGAUGGUGAACGACUCGUGGAGCGAGCUGUACUCCUUCGCCCUCUUCAAGGCCAUGAGCCACAUGCUGUGCAUCGGCUACGGCCGCCAGGCCCCGGAGAGCAUGUCCGACAUCUGGCUGACCAUGCUCAGCAUGAUCGUGGGCGCCACCUGCUACGCCAUGUUCAUCGGCCACGCCACCGCCCUCAUCCAGUCGCUAGACUCCUCCCGCCGGCAGUACCAGGAGAAGUACAAACAAGUGGAGCAGUACAUGUCCUUCCACAAGCUGCCGGCGGACUUCCGGCAGAAGAUCCACGACUACUACGAGCACCGGUACCAGGGCAAGAUGUUCGACGAGGAGAGCAUCCUGGAGGAGCUCAACGAGCCGCUGAGAGAGGAAAUCGUCAACUUCAACUGCCGCAAGCUGGUGGCGUCGAUGCCGCUGUUCGCCAACGCCGACCCCAACUUCGUGACGGCCAUGCUGACCAAGCUGCGGUUCGAGGUGUUCCAGCCCACCGACUACGUGGUGCGGGAGGGCACCAUCGGCAAGAAGAUGUACUUCAUCCAGCACGGCGUGGUCAGCGUGCUGACCAAGGGCAGCGUGGGCAUGAAGCUGAUGGACGGGUCCUACUUCGGAGAGAUCUGUCUGCUGACCAGGGGUCGGCGGACAGCCAGCGUGCGGUCGGACACGUACUGCCGGCUGUACUCGCUGUCGGUGGACAACUUCAACGAGGUGCUGGAGGAGUACCCCAUGAUGAGGAGAGCCUUCGAGACCGUGGCCAUCGACCGGCUGGACCGCAUAGGCAAGAAGAACUCCAUCCUGAUGCACAAGGUCCAGCACGACCUCCACUCGGGCGUCUUCAACAACCGGGAGAACGAGAUGAUCCAGGAGAUCGUCAAGUACGACCGGGAGAUGGUGCAGCAGGUGGAGGUGCCCCGGCAGCGGGCCAUGUCCAUGACGUCCCCCAUGCACGCCAGCAUGUUCUCCCCUUCCGCCACGGGCUCCCUGACGCGGGACGGCUCGGCCAUCGCCACCCUCCAGCAGGCGGUGGCCAUGAGCUUCUGCCCCCCCAUGGCGGGGGGGAACAGCCUGCAGUCCCCCCGGGUGGUCCGACGCUUCCAGGUCAUCCAGAACGUGUCCACCCCCGUCUCCGCCUCCCCUCGCCACUCCCUGCAGCCCCAGCUCCACCCCCUCUCCAGCCCCUCCGUCCAUAGCCCCCGGGCGCUCUCGGGUCAGAUGUUCCAGUAUGGCUCGGUGGGCCUCGGGGGUCCCCCGUCCUCGGGGUCCCAGCUCUCCCUCCUCCAGCUGCAGCAGCAGCAGCCGCCGCCGCUCAGCCCCACCCUGCGACCCAGCGUCCACAAGAGCACCCACUCCCUGCAGAUGGGCGGCCUCAGUCAGGACGUCCGGGCGCUGUCCACGUCCCAGCCCACGCUGCCCCACGACGGGGGGGCGCCGCCGCCCGUCGGCCCGAGCCCGGCCCCGUCCACCAGGGUCUCCUCCACCUCCAUCGGGCCCCCUUCUCAGACCCCGUCGGCGCCGGGACUCGCGGGCCCCUGGGGGGCGUUACCCCACCGGGUGGGGCUGCCCCACCAGAUGUCCGUGGGGGCCCUCCCCGUCGCCGGUCACGUGCACGGCGUGGGGGUCGGGGCCGGGGGGCCGCCGCCGCCGCCGGCAGGGGGCAUCGGACCGGGACUGCCAGAGCCGCUUCGGCCCAAGAAGGACUCCAUCUCGAGCCUUCCGGACGCGGAGCGCCUUAAAGUCCGAUCCAGGCUCUCCUCAAACUUGUGA